AUGAAACGACCUGUUCCCAUGAGGAGCAAUCACCUUUCUAUUGUGAAUGCCUGGCCUCUUCCUAUGAGCAUUGCUCUUCGAACCGUGUUCAGUCUAGAUGAAUUGUUGAGUGGCGCAGUGGUUUGGCAAGUUUACCUUCUGUGGUUGCACAGAAUAUGCGGCGAGUCCCUUUCUUCUAGUGCUCGUUCCUUACCACCCAACAAUACAAAUGUUAUGCUUCUGUGGGAGAAUGCAUUGGCUACGUCUCGCUUUCGGGAUAUGGGUCCGUUCUCGCUUCAAUUUCAUGCGAGUGGUGGGGGUCUGGAGCAGCCGACGGAGUUCAUGUACGGUGACGCUAGUGUUACUGUUAGUGACGGGUACAUUAACCAUCACAGUUUUUGCAUUCUAGAUGUUUACAUAGCUCGUGCAUUGUAUGAAUCGAGGUGGUUUAACCUAGUUUGA